GGUCCGACCACCAUCAACACCCCCACCAUCAACACCCCCACCAGCGCUCGCGGACCGACACAGCAAACAACACCCGAUCCAGGAACAACUUCACAAUGGCCAUCGGUAUCUUUGGUCUCCUCGAGGUGAUGCUCCUCUUCGUCAAUGCUAUUGCCAUCCUCAACGAGGAACGGUUUCUUGCAAGGAUCGGCUGGGCACGGCAGGUCGCCGAUCCAUACGCACAGGAAUCCGUCAAGGCCAGACUCGUGAACUUAAUAUCCGCUGUGAGGACAUUGAUGAGAAUCCCAUUAAUCGGUCUCAACGUAGUCGCUAUCCUGUACCUCGUCAUUCUCGGAUAGAAACUGGACAACUAUAAAACAGAGGGGCCGCGAUCGCAAUCUGCUCAUUCGUUGCCCAAGUCCUUCAAUAUGUCCGAGCAUUAGCUGGUCCAGCAUUUGUAAAUCCCCACCAUACAUCUACUGCAAUAAAUAAUCAUCGCAAGAAUACUUGUUAUUAUACAUUGCUCAAAAGAGCAAACAAAAAAAAA